AUGUCACUGGUUGCAACAAGAGAGCGUCGUGCGAACGCUGGCGCACGGAUGAGAGAACUUAUUGAAAAAGAAAUGGAAUUAGAAGAUAUGUUUAAAGAGAUACCUGAAGAUGAUGAUUUUAUGGUUACUAAAGAAGAGGAAGAUUAUUUUGAUUCCGAUUUUGAUCAAAAUAGUA